UAUUGUCUGAAUGCACGAAUGAAUGUGCGGUGUGUGACGACCUCGGUGGCGCAGUGGUAAAGUUCUUGCCACUGAACCCAGAGGUCCCGGGUUCGAUCCCCUGGUCGGGACAUGAUGGAAAAUGGUCAAUCAGAAAAAGAUAUAUAUAUAUAUCGCCGUCUCACGUCAGUGGCAGCAAUUUAAGCCCCAAAUCUACAAGCAAGAAUACAACUCAGACGAGAUCUACAACCGCUUGAUAACGGUGAUGCAAACCAUACAUCGUGAAGGCAGGAUGCGGCAUGAAAACUUGGACUUAAUAAGAUUCUUUUAUGAGAAAACACCUUACUAUGAGAUGGGCUAUGUUAUGGGCGAGAUUAUUGAAAGAUACAGGAAGAUGGUGACUCACGUGAGACGACGGCAUAACUGGAAGAGCACCCACGUCCACUACAUGAUAAGGAAAGUGCAGACGAUCCAGCAUUUGUACUUUGAGAUUUUCCACCUCUGCGGUAUGAUGCACGAGAUCGACCUCAAGUACAGCAACAUAAAACAGUUCGCCAACAUACACGCGGAACUCUCCAUGAAGGAUAUGGCCAAGCUGCAACAAGAGAUUGAUCAAGAAGUGUUGAAUAAGGAAAAGGCUAGGAAAAAGGCUUUAAAAAAGGACUUGAAGCAAAGGAAGAAGCUGGCGCUACAAAUGAAUGCUUGGCCGAAGUGGCAGAAAAAUAAAACGGUAGAAAAGUCGUUCUGGCACCCAUAUCAAUACGGCUGGGAUUAUGGUAUUAUCUGGUCGGACAAGGAUAUACCGUCCAUUUAGUUGUGUACCAAAUGAUUGAGAAUUAAACUAAUUGCAAAAAUAAAAAAAAUAG